UACUUUCCUCCAUCACGGCCCUCAAGGGCCGACACGUUCGAAAUGCCCGUCUAUAUCGCUCUGCAAGCCAUUUUCGAGGGAAUCGGAUCCAUCCCGUACAUCUGGCCGAUCCUCAAGACGGUACCAUGGAUUGCAUUGCUAUGGGUCCUCAAGACGUUCUUUUCCGGGGCAAGCAACCUGAGUGAGAGGAACAUGCAUGGGAAAGUGAUAUUAGUGACAGGCGGCACCAGCGGCGUAGGCGAAGCAACCGUUCGAGAACUUGCAACGAGAGGAGCACAAAUAGUCCUCCUCACCCAACACUCCCUCAGCGAUCCCUUCAUCGUCGACUUCAUCGAGGACCUCCGAAACGACACGAACAACCAUCUCAUCACAGCCGAACAAGUGGACCUCGCUUCACUUCACAGCAUCCGCCAAUUCGCAACGAAAUGGAUCGACAAUGCACCUCCGAGACGGCUGGACAUGAUUGUUCUAUGCGCCAAUACCCUCACGCCAGGGAGCAAGGAACCGAAGAGUACUGCAGAAGGCGUCGAGCUCAACUGGCAGAUCAACUACCUCGCGAACUUCCACCUCCUCUCCAUCCUCUCUCCUGCCUUGCGAGCACAGCCUCCCGAUCGAGAUGUACGAGUUCUGUUAGGGACGUGUAGCAGCUAUCUGGGUGGAGACUUGCUUCACAUCACACAGUCAGGUUCAGGAGGAGCAUCUGGGAAGAGUGGAAGCAAGAGCAGGGCACCAACACAAUCACCCACAAGGUUCUCACCAGGGAACGCAUACGCGACCUCGAAGCUCGCUCUCAACACCUUCGCACUGGCGUUUCAAAAGCAUCUGAGCACCUUCGCCAGGCCGGACAAGAUGCCCAUGAACUCAAAGGUUCUCCUGGUAGAUCCAGGCUGGUGUCGCACGCCCGGCACAAGACGCUGGCUCACAUUCGGUUCACUAUUCGGGCUGGCUCUCUACCUGCUCAUGUACCCGCUGUGGGUGUUCGUCCUCAAGUCACCUCGAAUGGGCGCGCAGAGUUUUCUGUACGCAUCCAUGGAGGAGAAGUUUUCACGCAGCGAAGGUGGGAUUUUGAUCAAGGAGUGUAUUGAGCGGGAAUUCAUGCGGGCGGAGGUCAUGGAUGAGGAUGCGCAGAAGCAGCUGUGGGAGUAUAGCGAGCAAAUGGUACAGGAGGCGGAGAAGCGUGGUGCGACAGAGAGGGCUAGGGCGAAGAAGGAGGCGGAGGAACGAAAGGACGAGGAGGAUGCGAUGAAGGAGAUGAAGGAUUACAAAGAGAAAGUCGGCAAGAAGGAUGGGCAGAAGAAGGACGGGAGUCGGAGGGCGAAGAAGGUGAGUUGA